AUGAGGCAACUUAUGAGACGCAUAGAGGAGUACAAACGCCAGGAGGACGAUCGGCUGCAGAACAGGGGGAAAGCUCCGUUACUCGGGAGAUCUCGGCAAGGCGUUGUGCCGGCAAGACCCAAAAAAGACUUCAGAAUGCAGGAACCAGAGGUGCCAAUUGAAGGAGUUAAUGUGGUGUUCAAAGAGCCUAUGCACAAAAUCUUAGAUCGGAUCAAGAAUGAGUCAUUCUUCAGGCAACUAGUAAAGGCAGGGUACUUGAAAGAGUUUGUAGUAGACUCCACUGACCGAGAAGCUGGCCAGGGCGUCCAACAGAAAAGGAACCCCCUCCCGCCACCACUAGGGGUGAUCGAAGUCAUUCACGCUGCACCAAGAGGAACGGCAACAGCAAAAAGGGUAUUGACAGUGGAUUGCACAGAAAGAGAUUCAGCCGAGAAGAAGAAGAAAGUUGAACGGCUGACCAUCUCAUUCGGAGAAGACGAUUUGGAAGGGACGGUCCAACCUCAUGACGAUGCAUUGGUGGUGACGGCUCGGAUAAGCGGGUUCCUGGUGAAGAGGGUGAUGAUAGACCAAGGAAGCGGGGCUGACGUCAUGUACCCAGACCUGUUCGAAGGGCUCGGAUUGAAGCCCCAGGAUUUAGCGAAAUAUGACAUGCCGCUGGUCUCAUUUGACGGGAGAGUCAUGAUUCCUGAGGGACAAAUCUCUCUCCCGGUGGACAUGGAAGGCAAGGGAGUUAUAGUGACCUUUAUAGUAGUCCAAUCAUUCUCACCGUAUACCGCAAUCCUGGGGAGGCCGUGGAUUCAUGCAAUGAAGGCUGUUCCAUCCACCCUCCACGUGAAAGUAAAAUUUCCCACUGAGUAUGGAGUCGCCGAGGUGAGAGAGAACCAACAAGUGGCGAGGCAGUGUCUUGUCGCCGCGGUCAGGUGUAAAAGUGAACAACUCAGACAAGCGGAGCAAACCGAAAAGAAACUUCAUAGCAAUUACAGAAGCCCCGAGGGGAAACGAGGGCGGACGUGGCCGAGGAGGUAUUGA